CCUUUAUCCCUGUUUAUUCCCGCUUUCCCUCCUGCUGCAGCCCUAGGCCGCAGUGAGAAGCAAGCGACAUGGACGGAUUUUACGACCAGCAGGUCCCUUUCGUGGUGCCCCCCAAUAAGUCUCACAUGCCGGAAACAUUUAGCAGAACCUUCAAUGACCGAAAAAGGAAGUUUGUUGACACUGAGCUGGCACAGGAUACAGAGGAUCUCUUUCAAGAUCUCAGCCAGCUACAAGAGAUUUGGAUUGCAGAAGCCCAGGUACCCGAUGACGAACAGUUUGUUCCAGAUUUCCAGUCGGAUAACUUGAUGUUCCAUGGACCUCUUCAAACUAAAGUAAAGAGGGAACUGAGCCCGAGCAGGGAAUUUUCCCCCUGUGGACAAGAGCAGAGACUCUCUCCAUAUGGAGAGAAGUGCCUAUAUAACUACAGUGCCUUCGACAGGAAGCCAUUUCCUUUCAACAAGCCACUGACUCCUCCUCCUACACCAGCAUCACCCUUUGGCUCCUCCACCAGCACAGUAACACAUCAUGUGCAAAAAAGAGCAAUGCAACCAGCCCAAACGCAGACACAAGGACUGCCACUAUUACCUGUCCUAAACCCCAGUUCUACCCCACCACAUCAGAGAGCACAUACUCCACUCCACAGUCAAAGCCCACCUUUUGCUGUGCCCUGCCAACCUGUCAAUCACCCAGAUGCCUCCUACAGUACAGACCACAGGUUCCAUCGGCAGCUUUCCGAGCCCUGUCUGCCGUUCUCACAGUCCGACGGUCGUUGUCAGACACCUUACCACCCACACACCCGUGGCCAUUUUCCCCGACAUAGCCGCCCCCCUUAUCACCGGCAGAUGUCAGAGCCGUUGGUGCCAAUGCCUCCCCAGGGAUUCAAAAAGGAAAUGGUGGAUCCUCGUUACAAUGACCAGGGUGUGCAAAACAUGGGGCCUCCUCGUGCACCAUUGAUCCACCAACUGUCAAUCAAACAGGAGCCCAGAGACUUCGGCUUUGACUCAGAAGUACAGAAUUGCCAGUCAUCUUUUGGCAAAUCAGCAAAUUUCUAUGGCGCCAACAGCGAGGGUUUUGGGUAUGAUGGAGAAUCCCACCUCUAUUAUGAUGAUGCGUGUGUGGUCCCAGACCGCCUGGAGGGAAAGCUGAAGCAGGAGGGUGGAGUUUUUCGGGAGGGUCCCCCGUAUCAACGAAGGGGGUCUCUGCAACUCUGGCAGUUCCUGGUCACUCUGUUGGACGACCCAUCCAACCGCCACUUCAUUGCUUGGACUGGCCGUGGGCUCGAGUUUAAACUCAUUGAACCAGAGGAGGUUGCUCGCCGUUGGGGUAUCCAGAAGAACAGGCCUGCAAUGAAUUAUGACAAGCUGAGCCGUUCUCUGCGUUACUACUAUGAGAAGGGCAUCAUGCAGAAGGUAAAGGUUGCUGGAGAGCGGUACGUGUAUAAGUUUGUGUGUGAUCCCGAUGCACUCUUCUCCAUGGCAUUCCCUGACAACCAGAGGCCCAGUCUGAAGGCAGACCCCGAUGGGAUGCAGGUUCCUGAGGAUGACACCGUUCCACUCUCACACUUUGACGAGACUAACAGCAUCCCUUAUCCAGCAGAUGCCAGGGACCAGUGCUUAGUGGGGCCGUCCUUUCCUGAAAAUUAUGCUUUCUGAACUGUUUCACUACCAGAACUGUAAAAUGCAUCCUCGCACUCCAAAUGCAGCUCACGUCAAAUUGUAAUCGCUCCAAUGAGGAAUCUGUAACGCCUGCUGAAAAGUCUCUAGACUUUCUUGCCACAUUUUUAUCGGUCAUUUGUUUGUUACUACACAGGUUCCAUUAUAGAAAAAUGUUUGCUUUUUUAAAUGUACACAUAAAAAGUAAAGGGACACAAAAGUGUUU